CGAUGCAAACACAGUUCUCCGCAUUCAUAGCGGCAUAUCGUCGAACACCUUCGGGGCGUGGUGUUAUCUCCCAUGGUUUUGUCGAACAAGAAGCUUAAGCUCAAGCUCCGCAGCCUCCUUGCGGACUCUCUUGCCGUCUCUCAGUCUGGCAAUGGCUCCAGUGAUGCCGGCAAUCUUGAUCAUCAGCUCCAGUCCGUUAAAGAUCGCAUCUUGGCCUCUAAAUCUCAGAAGCCCAGCUCGGCCAGGCGUUCCAAGAAGAGGAACUCUGCGCCUAUGGCUGCGGAGACUGAGCCUGACGUUGAGAAGGGUGCUUCCGGUGAUUUGAACGACGAGGAGAGUAGGAAGAGGAAGAGGGAGGUUGAGGGAGAAGAGGAUGAGAAGGCGGCGACUAGCAAGAGCAAGAAGAAUAAGACGAAGAAGUGGUGGCGCGAGAAGGUGUGGAAGAAGAAGAGGAAGGAGAACACAGAUGGGAAUGAGGGCGAGAAGGUCUUGGAGCCUGCUGGGAAUGAAGAGAGUGAGGAUCAUGCUAAGAAGGUAUAUGUGGGUGGCAUCCCUUAUUACUCAACAGAGGAUGAUAUACGAAGCUUCUUUGAGAGUUGUGGCACUGUGACUGAAGUGGACUGUAUGAAGUUUCCUGAGAGUGGGAAGUUCAGAGGAAUUGCUAUUCUCACUUUCAAGACUGAAGCUGCAGCUAAAAGAGCUAUAGCUCUUGAUGGUGCUGACAUGGGUGGGUUUUACUUGAAGAUACAAUCAUUCAAGGCCAACAGAACCCAAAAACCCGACUUUGCGCCCGAAAUUGUGGAGGGAUACAACAGAGUAUACGUCGGGAAUUUGUCCUGGGACAUAACUGAAGAUGACUUGAGGAAUCUCUUUUCCGAUUGCAGUAUCACCUCCCUCCGAUGGGGUAUGGAUAAAGAGAUCGAAGAAUUCAAGGGAUACGCCCACGUAGACUUCUCUGACAGUAUCUCGCUUUCCAUUGCCCUGAAACUCGAUCAGCAUAUUGUCUCCGGCCGCCCGGUUAGAAUACGAUGUGCAGUUCCAAGCAAGUCAGUUAAAACAGUUCCAAAUUCAAAGUCAACUGAUGAUUUAGACAAUGCUAAGACGACAAAGAAGAAGAAAAAGAGAUGGAAUAACUCGAAUUCUGCCAGUGAGAAUGCCGAUAACAGCGGAAUUGCGAAUAAUACAGCAAAGAAGAAAAGACGGACAUGUUAUGUGUGUGGUAUCCCCGGCCACCUCUCAUCGUCUUGCCCGCAAAAGAAUACAAACAGUUGAUCUUGCACACUCUGUGUUAUUGUCUUCAAUUAGAUGCAUUACUAGUGUCUCUGCUAAAUUAUGUGAGAAUUUUUAUUUUAUUUUUAUAAUAUAGCAAACUUGAUGUUAUAGUUGUUGUAUGGAUUGAAAGUCUGACAAAAAAAACUAGAAGAACAGCUUCCAUUUA